GUGUCACGCACCAUCCAUGGUUGUCCUGAGGAUAAGAAACGCGCACAAAAGGACGUAUGCACUCAUCGGUCUGUGCAUCGUGGGGCUCAUCACGUACAGAUAUCUCGGCAUGCCAGCAGGGGGACGGAGGAUGAGCAGGAAGGUGGGCCUGAGUGCCAACUCCUCCCAGUUCACCCUGGAGGGAGAGCCAGUCCACAUCCUCGGGGGAUCCAUGCACUAUUUCCGUGUGCCCAGGGCGUACUGGAGGGACCGCCUGAUGAAAAUGAAGGCCUGUGGAAUCAACACUCUCACUACGUAUGUGCCAUGGAGUCUGCAUCAACCAGAGAGAGGGGUUUUCAACUUCCACACGCAGCUGGAUUUAGAAGCCUAUAUAAGUCUUGCUGCUGAAAUGGGAUUGUGGGUGAUUUUACGUCCAGGGCCCUACAUUUCCUCUGAGCUGGACCUAGGAGGACUGCCGAGCUGGCUCCUCCGUGAUGGCAGCAUGAGACUGAGGACGACUUACCCAGGCUUCACGCUGGCUGUCAACACUUUUUUUGACAAACUUAUACCAAAAGUGGUUCCGCUGCAGUUCAAGAAAGGAGGUCCCAUUAUUGCAGUACAGGUCGAAAACGAGUAUGGAUCCUUUGCAAAAGAUGAAAGUUACAUGCUUUUUAUUAAAGAGGCUUUACAGUCCAGAGGGAUUAGUGAGCUCUUGCUGACUUCAGACAAACACAACACAUUGAAAUCGGGAGGUGUAGAUGGAGCCAUCAAAUCAGUGAAGCUCCAGAAGCUAAAUGAGAGAGACAUCCAGAAUCUGAAUGCUAUCCAGCCCAACAGCCCCGCCAUGGUGAUGGACUAUUGGACUGGCUGGUAUGAUGUGUGGGGUGACCUUCACCAUGUGCUUCCUCCAGAGAAUAUGGUGUCCACUGUGAGGGAAAUUCUAAGGCGAGGCAUGUCUGUCAACCUCUACAUGUUCCAUGGAGGCUCCAGUUUUGGCUUCAUGAGCGGAGCGCUCGCUGAUCCUUCCUACAAAGCAUUGGUCCCCAGCUAUGAUUAUGAUGCUCCCUUGUCUGAAGCGGGCGAGUACACUCCGAAGUACCAUCUCCUCAGAGAUCUACUUUCCCGCUACAACAGAGGCGAGAGUUUCCCUGACAUGCCAGCCCUGCAUUACAGGGAGGCCUAUGAACCAGCUAUCAUGUACCAGCACCUGUCCUUAUGGGAUGCUUUGAGCUUCACUGAGGGACCGUUUAAAUCAACCAAGCCAGUAAACAUGGAGAAUCUACCUGUGAACAAUGGGAACGGCCAGUCCUAUGGAUACACGGUGUAUGAGACUGCAAUCACAAGUGGAGGAUUAUUGAGGUCUGGAGACAAUAUCCGAGACAGAGCCCUAGUGUUUGUAGAUAGAAGCUACAUUGGCCUUUUCAAGCGCCAGAGCGUGGAGCUGGCAGUUCCUGAUGGUAAGGGACGGCGUACCUUGAGUUUACUGGUGGAAAACUGUGGUCGAGUUCACCAGGGAAGGGACCUUGACAAACAACAUAAAGGCGUUGUGGGAGACAUUUUAUUGAACAAUAUCCCCUUGCGGGAUUUUACAAUAUACAGCCUGGAUAUGAAACCCAGCUUUAUUGAUAGUCUUUAUCAGGCACCAUGGAAAACUCUCCCUGAAACUCCCAGCUUUCCUGGAUUUUACAUGGGGAGGCUGUUUGUAUACGGUUAUCCAAGUGACACAUUUGUGAAGCUGCCAGGCUGGGAGAAAGGUGUUGUGUUUAUCAAUGGGUUGAAUCUGGGCCGCUACUGGUCCAUUGGCCCCCAGCAGACUCUCUACCUCCCUAGUCCCUUUCUCAACAGUGGAAUCAACCAGGUCAUUGUGUUUGAGGAGCAAGAGGGAGACUACAAAGUCCACUUUGAGGAUACACCUGAUCUUGGCAUGGCAGCAGACAUCCAGUGACUGUCAUCACCGCCUGUAUGACCAUCGUUUUUGAGUAAAAGUUUGUCCUGUUCUCCAGAGUUUAUAUCAAAUCAGAUCGACCCUUCAAAUUCAGAGACAUCAAUGUUGUUAAAAUCAUUUUCUUUUUCUAAUAUAAUAACUUUAAAUCACAAUAUGUACACAGAGCCACUUCACCUAUCAGUCAAAAGACAGAGUUAGACAUGUUUGUAUGGGAGCAGUUUAUAGCUAUGUACAUACAGUACCUUUAGUUCCAGUGACUCUUUACACAUAGAGCCGAAUCACGAGUUCAUCCUCUUGCCUAUGGAUUCCCAGUUAAAGAAUAAUAAUUUCUGUUUGGUGAUGGUAGUUACAUGUCAUCGUAUUAGAUUUGUGUUGCUUGUGUGAAUAUUCUGCAAAAUGUGUUGGGUAGCAGUUAUUGAACUGGAAACAUCUUAGCCUUUAAAACAAAAAACAGGUUUAUGGGAGAACAUGAGCUGAGGCAGAAGUGAUGUGACGGCUUUCAAAUGAAACACAAGCAGCAAUGCAACAUCAGACUCUUAUCUUAAAGUGAAAGUUCAAGGUUUUAGAUGCUUCUCACAUCGAUAACUGACCAAACUCUUAAAAGUCACAGAGUCUCAGAGAACAAUUAGCAUUUGUAAGCAGUGCUAGUGCAAGUCAAUGGGGUAUGAAAUAAUCAUUUGCAAGCCAGCCAUCCAUGUUGGGAAUAAUUGGACUUUGUAAUACAGCUAUUUGAAAGGAUCCACAUCCAGUUUUUAGAGUAAUGGCUUCAUAUCUCAUUGACUCUCACAAGCAUAGCUCGCAACUAGUAAGUGAAUGGU